UUCUCCAUCAUGGCGGAUGCUGAGUUGAAGAAGCGUGGUUGGUAUUUGUCACCAGAAGGUAUAGAGGAAUGCACAGAGGAUGGAAGGAGUGGUGCUGAUGAUAUCAUCAAAAUUGCAAUGGAUACUGAUAUGAAACAGAUUGGCCAGAAAGUUAUUCCUGAAGAAAUCAAUAGAGGGAAACUACAGUCGUGGGAUGGUCCAAUUGUGUUACAAGUCCAUAAAAUAAGAAACGUUACUGCUCCUAAAGACAACGAAGAAUCAAACGUAGCGCCACGUAUGCUGAAGAUCACAUUCACAGAUGGCUGUGCCAUGUGUAAUGGACUUGAAGUGGAAACUCUUAAAGAUAUAAGCCUUAAUACUCCUCCUGGAACCAAAGUAAAACUGACUGGCAAGCUGACCAUUAACAGUGGCUUUCUGCAGCUGACAAACAGUAAUAUUAAGUGCCUGGGGGGACGCGUGGAGAGGCUGGUAGAAAACUGGGAACUUAAAAAGUCUCUUGCAGUCCAGUCUCGCAGGAGAGGAGGGGGAGAGGAUGGACCGCCUGCUUUCGUGCCAUUCGGUCACAAAUUACAUGACACAACACAGAAUGGACCUAGAUCAAGAGAAACAUUUAAGUCUUUAGAAUCCAGUAAAGAAGAAAAGAAGGAAGGGGAUGGAGAGUUUGAACAGCAGCGACAAGCAGCUUUGGCAGAAGCCAUUCAGGCUAAAGAAGAUGGAAAGGGGAAAACAUUUGGAGGGAAACAGAUUCAAGACAAAGACAUAGCAAAGAUUGUAGAAAUGGGCUUCACGCCAGACCAGGCUACUAAUGCCCUGCGCCAGACAAACAGUAACCUAGAAGAAGCUAUAGCCUCCCUAGUCAUCAGUCCUGGCUCUGGGUACAGAGGGGGUGGUAGAGGGGGCAGGGGAGGGUUUGGCAGAGGGGGGCGAGAGGACAGAGGAGUUGGACGGGGCCGAGGGCGUGGUAAAGAAGAGGAGUUUGAGCAAGGAUCUUCCCGUCCAUCUGCACCUGCCACGCUAUUCGACUUUAUUCUAAACAAAGCUGGGCCAAUAAAAGAAGAUGCUAAAGAGAAAGACGACAAGCCCACAAAAGAAGGAGGAGGGGACAACCAGGCCAGUAACAAACCUCCCCCGCCUACUGCUGCCCAGAAGCAGGACAGAAUAAAAAACUUACCUCCCAGGUUACAGAAUAAAUUGCUGAAUGAGCAGAAAGCUGCUGAUCCCCGUGUAGGCCAGUACAGCGGCCCCACACCCAGGGAGAGUUACCAGGCCUCCACCAGUUAUAAGGGGCAAGCGGCCCAGCGAGGAGGGGGCGGAGGGGAAAGGCCGUCACAACGAUCUCAGAAUCAGGACUCCCGAAGGUUGAAAAAUGACUACCAGAAUGGGUCCUACCAUAACGAGUGGAAUCAAAACAGAAAAGACUAUGGUUAUCAAAAUUAUGAUGGCUAUCAUCAUAACGAGUCAGCUGGAAACUGGAAUGCCAAUCAGCAAAAUGGUGGUUAUUAUAAUAGUAAUAGGAGAAAUGAUCAUUAUUACCAAGGAGGGCGUGGGCGAGGUGGGGGAAGAGGAUAUGGUGGGGAUUACGGUCGAGGGGGUGAUGAAUAUCGAGGUGGGAGGCAUGGGUCUGGGAGCUCCAGGGGCCCUGUGAAACAAAAACAGUUAUAUGAUCCUAAAACGGAUCAGUAUGUGCCUCCUGAGCACCAGCAGGCUCCACCCAAUCAAUAUCAGCAGCAAGACCCCAACAAGCUGCACGGAGGCUCUCAGUACCGCAACCGGGGUGGUGGUGGUGGCCCCCAGGGACAUCAACAAGGCCAGAUGCAAUAUAUGGAAAACUACCAACAAGACGGAGGCGCGGGAAACCGGUCACAAAAAGGGAAUCGGAAAAACAGACAGCAACAGCAGCAGCAACAAGAUCAGUAUCUCCUUCAACAGCAACUUGUACAACAGGACGGACAGCAUCAACAGCAUCAGCAUGAACAACAACAACAGCAACCCCAGCAGCAACAAAUGCAGGCUCAAACUCCACAGUCAUAUGGCCAGCAGACGUUCAUCCCUGGACCAGCAAUCUAUCAGACACAAAAUGGGCAGACGUUCCAGACGUUUGCGGCAACCCAGCAGCCAUAUUAUCAUCCUGCUCAGACCCAGCAGGGCCAGAUGGCAGCAGCAGCAUUCCAGGUGGCCCAGGUCAACCAGCAGGGACAAAUCGUGUUUCCUGCUCAACAACCGCAACAGCCACAGAUGAACUCUGCAGAAGCACAGCAGUGGAAUGAAGGUGAUGUUUGCAUAGCCAAAUUUUGGGAAGACCAACAGUGGUACAAAGCUGUCGUAAUAGGUGUGAAUCUACAGAGUCAGAUCAGUCGAGUCACAUUUGUGGACUAUGGAAACAAUGAAGAUGUGCCAUUUUCAGAUAUGUUUCAGAUUCCAAAAGAUGUGUGGGAUUCCACAGGGCCAGGGCCGGUGCAAAUCCAAAUAGCCUUUCCUACUCAGCAGACGUAUGCCACAGCCCCUCCCCAGGCUGCCGGUGUCCAAGGACUGCUCCCUGCUCCCCAAGGCUUUACUGCAGAGCAGCUGAUUCAGGGAGGGUUUGUUAAUACGAUGGAGUUCAGGCGCGGAGGAGGCGGAACCAUGUACACACAGCAACAACAACAGCAACAGCAACAACAAACACAAGAAAUGCAGCAUUCUCGACAAGAUAGGUCACGGCAACAAUCACAGCGGCCACAGCAACAGAUGUACCAACCCCCACAUGCCAGGACUUGAGCCUUAUUGUAUUUAACUAUUCCUAUCUGCUUGGAUUAAUAUUAUGUUAGUUGUUUUUUCAAAAGUUUUCUCUUCCUUAAGAAAUACAAGUCUUUAUAAUCAGGAUUUUCAAAUGAAAAGUUUGUCUGUAAGCUGAUAUACUUAUUAUAUCAAUAUAAAGAUGUUUCACUUCUAUAAAUCCUUUAUUCUUUUUCAGUUAUAAUACAAAAUUAAACAUACUUGAUAGUUCAGAGUUGAUAUUUGUCCCGCUUUUCCUGGAUAUAUCAGGAAGUAAAUCAGAUGUAAUUAAAAGAUAAGUUUAGAUUUAGAUAUUGUGACCCAACUAACUUUUCCGUACAUGCAAUUAUCAGGCUAUCCCAUAGAAAAAUUGAUGCUUGUUUUGAGAAAUACCGAAAAGAAUGGCAGAGUUUUGAUAGAAUGGCAGGUGUAGACUCAACAGGAUAUGCUGUCACAAUUAGAACAUCCAUGAUAUUUUGAGGCAUUGAGCAGUUUCGAGGCGUGCGCGAUAAUGCAAAAAACGUAAAUCUUACCAUUGAGAGAGAAAGUAAAGUAGGACUUGAAGUAUCUAACACAAAUAAAGAGCUGAUCUUUAUUUAAAGUACUCUGAUAAUCUUGCCUGGGUUUUUAAUUAUUAUUUUUUUUUUCAAAUAGCAUUCUCUUUACAUAAAUGGUAUAUUAAUAGUUGAUGGCCCAAAAUAUUUUUUCUAACAAAUACUGAUCCUACCUCGUUGACAUGACUUCUUUUUCAUCUAUUAUGGUAACUUGCAUACAGGUGACUUGAACGUUAAGUAUUGGCUUUGGAUGUUGUAAUGUGGCUUCAAGAAUACCUGUCCCACUCAUGAAUUCAAAUUGAUUUUUGUGUGUGUGUGUGUUUAAUCAUAGAAAAUUUAGACUUUCAAAUUGACUAAUGCCCCCUUCCCCCAAGAUGAAGAAGGGGAUCAACUAAACUUGGAUUUUUUUUUGUCUGUUGUCACUCUUAUUCAGUCAAUCUGUAUUAUUUCAAAUCAAUUUAAAUUACUUGCAGUUGUGUCCUUUGGUGUUAUUAACUUGAAUUUUUUUUUUUUAUUUGUAAAUUUAAAAUACUUAUUAGUACUUUUUCCAAGGUCAUUUAUGUUAACUUGGAAAAAAAAUAAGAACUUGAUGAGCCAAAAUAAGUUGAGCCAGAAAAUAUGUACUUUUGAUCAGACUAAGCAUAAUUACUUGUUUGUUUGUGUGUUUCAAUCAAGGCAUUGCGCAUAGAAACUUAAUCUUUUAAAUAAAGAUGAAACAUGAGUAGUUUUUUUUCCAAGUAUACCAAGUUCUUAAUAUAAAGAAAAAAAUUUUGAAUGUGGAAUUCUUUCCCUUAUUUACCUGACAUUUUGUGUUUGUGUUUUGUAGCUUAAAAAGGUUUUAUUUCUUUGUAUGUUUCAUUUAAUUAACUAAUUUUUUGUUGUCACAUCUAGUUAUUCAAGAUUUUUCAAGAGUUCUGCAUAAGACUUCAAAUCUUUAUUCAGUUUUUGGCUUAAUUAUUUCAUAUUGUACUUAAUGUUAUUAUUGAUAUUGAGAAGUAAGAUUACAAAUAUUUCAGUUACACAUGGUUAUGUUAUUCUACUAUACUAAUAUACAGGAUUAUAAUUUUUCCAUUUGAAUUUAAGAUCCUAGGCCUAGGUUGGUUGUAAAUUAGUAUAAUUUGAUAUAUCAACUCAGUACAUUAUAAUUAUUUAGUGACAGUGAUGUAUUCAUCUGAAUAAUAGUUUAAUAUUUAUUGGAAAAUCCAAACAGUAGCUGAAAUUCUAAGCUGGAUAUAUUCUAAGUUGGAAAUUAUUUAUUAUUUCUUAAUUAAUUAAUUAUUUUUAAUUUAUUUAUUGCAGUUGGAAGUUUAUUGAUAAAUAAUUAUUCAGCUGUUAUGAAUGAGUUUUAAUUAAUCUUUUUGUGGAGAAGUAUAAUAUAAGCAAUAAACAUUGUAAAGUUUAGAAAUGUGCUGUAAAGGAAAACCAAUUAUUAUAAAUAAUGGUGAUAAUAAUUAUUAUUAUAACAAGUAUGUUUUGUAAAUUGUAAUUAAUGUACAGUUAUGUAUGUAGCAUGCUUUUCACUUUGCUUUAUUUUUGCUAUACAGCUUAUAUGAUGGGAGUAAUUAUUUUUUACUGAAAGGUAUAAAGUGUACGGAUCCUGCUGGAUGUAGUGGUAGUUAAAACAUUUAUGGUUGUUGUUUGACUUGCUUUGUUGGAAUGCCAUAUUUAAGUUCCUUUACACUUUUUAUUCACUUCAGAGUUCGGCUGAAGCUUUGACUUGUCUUGCUGUGGUUCAAUCACAAAAUAAAAGUUCAUUUAUACAUGGGCUUUACCACAUUUAUGUUAAGUGACAGUCGUCAUUUGAGUAGUUGAAUUCUGAAAAGGAAUUGGGGAUUGAAUAUUACUUGUCUUGUGGUUUAUCAGCUUAUCAGGGCGGUUGUGUAGGUUUAGAUUUUGACACAGGCCGCAGUUAUAAGUCUAUGUUAAAGCUUUAAAUUAAGAUUGAAGUUUUUUUUUUCUCUUGAUCCCAGUGAUUUCUGUAAAAAUGGCACAAAUUUGCGCUGUAUAUCAAAUGACAUACUGCAUGGUGUGUUGGUUACCAACAGUGACUAAUAAAAUUGUUAAGAAAUUUA